CGCUCACACAUAAAUAUCUCCUCCAUCAGGUCCCCUUGACUGUCUCCUUCACAGUGGGCUCGCUGGCAGACACAGCAAUAUUUCUACCGAGCUGGCUGCUGUCCUCGCACUACGGGAGACACCAGGGACCUUGCAAUGAUCUCGCUGGACUUCAAUUUCAACAUUUUGACUCGCGACCUGUCGCAUUACUUGGAGAAUCAAGUGAAAGUUGGGCUGUUCGGGUCGGGUGUCGGGCUGUCUCUGGUGCUGGGCUUUAGCGCAGCGUACACCUGCUACUAUCUCAUUUCAGUAGCGAAGAAGCCACAGCUCAUCUCUGGGGGCAAGAAGUUCUACCAGUUUCUGAGGGAGCAAUGUCCGGUAGUGUCAGAGACUUACUAUCCCACCUUUUGGUGCUGGGAGAGUCGCAUCCAGACUCUACUCAGACCCUUUGUCACAGCCAAACCCGGAGUCGUCUACAGAAAUGAGCUUAUUAAGGCAGCAGAUGGAGGACAGAUAUCAUUGGAUUGGUUUGACAACGACGACAGCCUCGCUCAUCCCGACCCUGCCACCAGGCCCACGGUCCUGCUUCUCCCUGGUCUGACCGGCACCAGCCGAGAGUCCUACAUCUUGCACAUGGUCCAACAGAGCCGGGAUCUGGGCUACAGAUGUGUGGUGUUCAACAACAGAGGGGUUUCUGGGGAAACAUUGCUGACCCCAAGGACCUACUGUGCAGCCAACACGGAGGAUCUGGAGACUGUUAUUGCACACAUCCAGAGGACCAACGAAGCUGCUCCAGUCAUGGCUGCUGGAGUAUCUAUGGGCGGGAUGAUGCUGGUCAACUACUUGGGGCGCAAGGGCCGGGAAACCUGCCUCAAAGGGGUCGUGGUCUUCUCAGCAGGCUGGGAUGUGUUUGAGUGCACCGCUUCACUGGAAAAACCCCUGGACCGUUUCCUCUUCAACUCCUACCUCACCAGCUGCCUACAAGCGUCUGUGCACAGACACAGACCAGUCCUUGAAAAGUGUUACGACAUUGAUCAUGUCAUGAAGGCAAAGACCAUCCGAGAGUUUGACGAGAGGUUCACGUCCAUCAUGUUUGGUUAUCCCACCAAUGACGACUACUAUCACGAUGCCAGUCCUGUCCACAAGCUGAAAUCAGUGCAGGUGCCAAUGCUGUGUCUGAACGCUGCUGACGAUGUCUUUUCUCCAUCUCACGCCAUUCCAGUGGAGACGGUGAAGCAGAAUCCGAACCUGGCGCUGCUCAUCACCUGUCAUGGUGGCCAUAUUGGUUUCCUGGAGGGCCUGUGGCCGCGACAAAGCACUUACAUGGACCGAGUCUUCAAGCAGUUUGCGAAGGCAGUCAUCGAACAAGGCAGCCGACUCAUAGAUCUCUCCUGAUAAGAGAACUUCAAGUGUUCCUCUAGUUUUAUGUCUUUACUUCAUGCCUUUGAUUCCUUUCUUCUUUCUUUGCUUUUAUUUAUUUCAUCUGUGAUCCGUCUUUCCUCGCUGCAUUCCGUCCUUUAUUCAUUCCAUUUCUAAUUCCGUUAUUGUUGUUUUUUUCUAACUUUCCACCAUUGUCCCUUCCUUUGACUAUUCUCCCUGCUGCACUACAUCCAUCAUUUUUUCCUUUCCUUUCUACCAAAUCCAAUUCUACCUUUUCCCUUCCUGUCAUUGAUUUUCUUUAAACUUCGCCCUCCAUCUUUCCGUCCCAUUCUUCCUUCUGCCACAAGCAAAAAAAUGCAUUCUUCCUCAUUUGAAGGGCACAUUUUAUUGAAUGCAGCAUUUGUGUUGCAUUCAGCGUUCAUUUAUUUAUUCCAUACGACUACAACGAGUCUGUAAACAUGCUCACAGGGCUGAGCAUAACGUUUCAUGUCACUGUUGAAAAGCUGAAUCUGUGCCCAUGUUGUUUAGUUGCAUUAGCUAGCUAAAGAAUUCCGUGAUUACUCUGUGCAGUUUUGUUCUAUUGAAGUCAACAGAAGUACUGUACAUGAAAAUCCCAUCAUUUUUGUUCAUGAAACAUCCUUACAUCAGUAGAAUUUUAGCCCUCAGGGAUUUUCUUUAUUUACUCAUUCUUCUUCCUGCGUAAUUUUGCUGUCAGUUAUUCUUCUUUAAUUCCUUUUUCCCUCAGUUAUUUAAAGUAUGUGUUAAAGAACCACUGGCAUAUAGUAUAUUGUUUCUUUCAAGUUUCACAUUUUGGGAAAUACACUUGUUUGCUUUCUUCCAGAGUGUUUAGAAGAUGGAUUUUAUGUUCUGUUAAAUAGAAGACUUGUGCUAGUUUAUGGUUAGCUUAGCACAGUGUAAAGACUGGAAGCAGGGAGAUGCAGCCAGCCUACCUACCUCUAAAACUCUAAAAAUAUGCUGUGUAAGCUUAGGUUUUAAACCGUUAAGGUGUUGCAGAGGAUGAAAUCUCGUUGCCAAACUUGUCAUUGUUAGAGUGCUGGUUCACAAGAGAGAAGCCAUUGGUGUACACUAACAUUCAAAAGUUUGGGGUCACUUAGAAAUGUGCUUAUUUUUGAAAGAAAAACCUUUUCUUUUCAAUGAAGAUAACAUUAAAUUAAUCAGAAAUACAGUCUAGACAUUGUUCAUGUGAUCAAUGACUGUUCUAGCUGGAAACGACUGAUUUUUAAUGGAAUAUCUCCAUAGAGGUACAGAGGAACAUUUCCAGCAACCAUCACUACUGUGCUCUAAUGCUACAUUGUGCUAGCUAAUCAUGUGAAAGGCUAAUUGAUGAUUAGAAAACCCUUGUGCAAUAAUGUUAGUACAUGAAUAAAAGUGUGAGUUUUCAUGGGAAACAUGAAACUGUCUGGGUGACCCCAAACUUUUGAGCAGCAGUGUACUUCAGUUUUUGAUGAAAUAAACUACAUCUUGCAUGCUCAUUAGACAGCUUUAGAGGGGCUGCCGUGCUAGUUUCCCAUUACUUUCAGUCUUAAGGCUAAGCUAACGAAACAGCUGCUGCUGUGUCAAUCUCCUCAUCUAGCUCUCAGCAAGGAAGCAAAUGAGUUUAUUCCAAACUGGUCUUCUCUGUAAGUCUUCUGCAUGCACUUUUAUUUUUCACUUAUUUUACCUUCACACACACCAAAUAGUACUACAAAUGUAUUAUAUGGAGAAUAAUUCAUUAAUGACAAUGAAUGUAAAAUUGCACUAUUUUAGUUGAUACUACCAUGCCUCUAAUUCCUUAAUGCAAAGCACUUCAUUUCAUUCGAGAUAUGAAAGUAUAUCCCAAAGGCCGAACUGAGCAGUGUUCUGGUUUUCUUUGGGAAAAUGUUUGCCGGCUGCUUCUGUAAGUGAGUCUGAGGGUGCUAGAUACAGUGAUGUGAAUGAAGUGACGUGCAAAGGAGGACAGAGGGUGUACAUAUUGGCCGUCUGAAGUGGUAGAUGUCGCUUUACAAGAUGCAUAGCUCGCAUUGUUAGUGGAAGCUGGUUCUCAGUCAUUUUUGUUCUCUUUCGCCAACAAUGAUCAAGGCGCUGGCUACCAUGUAUGAGUUGGCAUCACUGAAACGAGCAGAUCUGACUGGCGGCCAGAUUUCCAGUAAUGCACUGCAUGAGGGAUGUUGACUUCCUCUACCUGUGGAAUUUUUAGUGUUUGUUUGUUCUGCCAAGUGUCCAUUGAGUAGCAUGUGUGUCAGCAUCAUCAUGUCCUGAACCCUAACAUCACUUUGUAAUCUGUAGCACAAAGGACAUGUUGGCUGGUUGGUUUUUCCAUAGGAUGCUGCAUUUCAUUUUGUACACUGCAUAAAAAGAAGAAAAAGAAGCAUUUGGUUGAACAUGUGCAGCAAUAAGAUUUUAAAUUUAAAAAUGGUCUCUAUGGUAUAAGUACUAGUAUAUUCACGUUACCAACAUGAGUGUAAUAUGCUGUAUUUAAUAAAUUAUUAAACAAAGUCUAAAUCCA